ACUAAUUAUCAUAUGUGAAAUUAUGUAUACCCGUGAAGCGGCCCCGUUUCACUACACACUAAAAACCAUACUGAAGAGAGAUUUACGAGUAAAAAUCUGGGAAAUUAAAUCUAUUUCUGGAUAUAUUUUAACCAACUUCUUCAUGUUUCGUGCCAUUAAUCAUAGAUACUGGCAGGCUGCUGCUCAUCAAGCGAAACAUUAUGCAGUUCGUCGUUUAACAACAGAAGUGCCGGUUGCUGGAGGUCGAGUCGCUGAUGUAGCUUUCGCAUUUGAUAUUGAUGGUGUCCUUAUUCGAGGAGGAAAGGGCUUGACAGAAGGAACAAAAACUUUACGUUAUCUUCAAAAGCAUAACAUUCCGUUCAUUUUGCUCACGAAUGGAGGUGGAAUGCAUGAAACGACACGGGCUGAACGCUUGUCCAACCUUUUGCAAGUGAACUUGAAGGAAGUGGACUUUUGUCAGUCGCAUACUCCGUUCAAGAAUCUUAAAGAUAAGUAUAAGCAUAUACUCGUUCUCGGAGGAAGUGAUGACAGCGUACGAAAGACAGCUGAGAUGUAUGGCUUUCCAAGCGUUAUAAAUGAACUCGAUGUAAUCGCUAAGCGUGGUACUCCCUUUUGGCCCUUUACUUCUUUUACAGAAAACGAUUUGAAACAGGCUCGCGAUUUCGACCUGAACCAACCUAUUGAGGCUGUAUUUACUUAUGUCGAUCCAGUGAGAUUUGGACUUGAUUUGCAACUUGUUAUGGAAUUGGCUCAAUCGAAAAAUGGAAUUCUAGGUACUGUAUCUGAAAAGGGCGACGAAGGACCUGACAUUUAUUAUUCAAACUCGGAUCUGGUUUGGCCAAAUGAAUACCCACUUCCUCGAUUGGGACAAGGCGCAUUUGCUUCUUGUUGUGAAAAGAUUUAUAAUGAGCUUACAGGAAAGCAAAUGAAAUUGACAAAGUAUGGAAAACCACAUAAGGUUACUUAUGAUUAUGCAACCAACAUCCUUGAAGCAAAACGAAAAGCUUUAAGUAUUCCCAACUCCCCCAAGGAAAUUUUUAUGGUUGGCGAUAAUCCUGAAAGUGAUAUUCGUGGAGCCAACGCCUAUGGAUGGACAAGCAUCUUGGUUCGUACAGGUAUUUUCCAGGGCGCCGAUAACAGUUCGAAAUACCCUGCUAAACAUGUUGCUAAAAACGUUUGGGAAGGCAUGCGAUGGGCUCUAUCCCGGCACGUGCCUGGUCCAAAAUUGGAUAAGACAAUGGGAGGUAUUCGUGGCUUCCAUAAUUCGUCCAAGCCACCAACCAAAGCAGAAAAACGUAAUGAACUAAAGGGCUUUCAGUUGCCCAUUCGUGAGAAUGUAUUUACAUUGCCUAACAUGCUGACCUUGUCAAGGCUUUUCUCAGCUCCACUGAUUGCGUUUCUUUAUGUGAAUAACUACGCCAAAGCUGCUGCUUGUUUGUUUUUGUAUGCUGGGUUUACCGAUUUGGUGGAUGGGUAUCUUGCUAGAAAAUUUCAGUUGCGGAGUUUUGCUGGUACUAUUUUGGAUCCACUUGCUGACAAAACAUUAAUGACAUGUUUAACUCUUUGUUUAGCAUACCAAAACUCAAUGCCUGCACUAUUAGCUGGUUUAAUAAUUGGAAGAGAUGUUUUACUUGUGUCCAUGGUCAGCUUUCUUCGCUAUCUAGCUCUCCCGUCUCCAAAAACUUUAGGGCGCUAUUUUGAUUUUAGUCUUCCCACCACCGAAUUACGGCCCACAAAAACCAGCAAGUGGAAUACUGCUUUUCAGUUGAUGUUACUUGGUCUUUUAAUUACUGAGCCAAUGCUACCGAUUGACAUUGAUUUUGCCAAAUCCCCUCUAUUUUAUCUGGUAGGAUGUACAACAAUUGCAUCCGGUGCAUCCUAUAUUUUUAGUCGCAACACAUUUCGUAUUUUGACUUCAGCGAAGAAAUAGCUGUUGCAAUUCAAAAAAAAUUGAGUAAAUAGAGGGUAUAGGAAGGUGGAAUUUUUUGUAUCUACUAAAAUUGAAGAUAAAAACAUUGCAUUGGCUUAGAUAAAAACGAACCAGAUAUUUGAUAUGAUACCGAAUGACUAUUUUAUUUUUAAUAAUGCCUUGACAAAUGAAUAUAAUGAACAAUCAUAG